CAUUUAUUGUGUUAAAGAAAUCUCUAGAGCUAGGAGCAGUGUGCAUGUUCAUUGUUAUUGUGUUCAUGUGAAGUUUGUGUUAUAAUAUUGAUGAGAGGAUCAUGGAGUGACAGAAGUUGUGUCUGAUCCCACGAGCUGAAGAAUCAAAGAAUGUCUGCCACCGCAGGUCGAGGGCGAGAAAUCAAAGACAAACAUCGAGUUAGAGCUGGUUUCUGCCAGGAAGUUGUUAUGCAGUACACAGACAGCUAUAAAAUAUGAAAUUCUUCAUGGAACAAAAUGACGAGAAGAUUAUAAAUAUUUUUUCACAUAGGACAAAAACUGGUAAAAGCAGCACAUUCCUUUCUAUUCGGAUAACCCGUUUGAAUUGAUGGCCGUCAGUGUUGUCAUUUCUAGCCAAAUCUUCUUCUGAUUAAUUCACCCUCCCCACCCCGCUACGCAGGAUGGAAGGUUUGAAGGUUUCUUCUCCGGUGUUUGACGUCCAGAAUGAUUUCGACGUGCCUAUGUCGCCACUCGACAACCAGGAGCUUGCCAUAUACGACCACUCACCGAGCGACUACUCCAUCGCCAGUGGCAACAGCACGUGCCCCUUCAUACGCACGAAAACCGAGAAAGACGUCUUCAUUUCCCAUACAACAAACACUGACAGCGUCGACGAAAGUGAAAAUGAAUGCGGGAUCGGCCGUAUCCAUCCAGGAUUUCUGCAGGCGUGUGCCAACAUCAAGAUCUUCGUGUUCUUCAUGUGUGUUCUGUGUACCGUAGCAUCCAGCAUGACGACAGGGUAUCUGAACAGCGUGAUAACAACAAUCGAGAAACGCUUCGAGAUUGGUAGCUCGAUCUCCGGCAUCAUCGCGGCGUCGUACGAGUUCGGUUCUCUCGUGGCCGUGGUCUUUGUUAGUUUCCUCGGCGGAGGCCGCCACAUACCGAGGUGGAUCGGUCGCGGUGUGUCGUUCAUGGGCGUCGGCGCCCUCCUGUUUGCCCUGCCGCACGUGAUUGCGCCCAAGUACUCGGUCCACACGGGCAAGAUCUCCAACUUCAGCGUGGAGAAUAUCUGUCGUGUUCCGCUGCAGCAGACGUUGGACUCGGAGAUGUGUUUCUCCGAGAAUUCAGGGAACUGGAUCUACGUGCUGAUCCUCAUCGUGGCGCAGAUCUUUAUCGGGACUGGCGGGACUCCCAUUCUCACUCUUGGAAUAAUGUAUGUUGAUAACCACGUGGCCAAAGACAAGUCGCCAGCGUACUUGGCUUUCAUCUAUGCAACUGGCGCCCUGGGCCCGGUACUGGGCUACGCCCUCGGUGCGCUCUUACUGCAGUACUAUGUGGACACGUUCACGUAUGACGUGACCAUCUCGGCGGGUCACCCACGCUGGAUCGGGGCCUGGUGGGGCGGAUUCAUCAUCUGUGGACUCAGUCUGCUGAUGCUGGCCGUGCCGUUCAUGGCGUUUCCCAAGGAGCUGGUCAACGAGAAGAGGAAGAUGAUGGAAGAGAAGGCCAAGGAGGAGCUGCUCACCUGCGAGGAGAAGACGGAGGUGAACGAGGACUACGGGAAAACCAUCAGAGAUCUGCCAAAGUCCAUCCUGCGUCUACUGAAGAACUCUGUGUUUGUCGUGCUGUGUGUCGCGGUGUGUUGUGAAAUCUCCAUCGUCAGCGGCUUCGUCGUCUUUCUGCCCAAAUACAUUGAGACUCAGUUCGGAACAUCUACCUCUGUCGCCAACCUGUUCACAGGUGGUAUUGGUAUUCCUGGCGCUAUUGUUGGAAUUCUUAUUGGUGGAUACCUCACCAAGAGGUUACAGCUACAGUCAAAAGGAGCGUUACAGCUGAUUCUGCUGUUGAAUGUGCUGGCGCUGGGCGGAUACACUUUCUUCUUCUUCCUUGGUUGUGAUAAUCUCAAAAUUGCUGGAGCAACAUUCCCGUACUUCAACAGCUCAGGUCAUAAGAUCUUCGAGGCGAACUUGACGUCGACAUGUAACCAGAACUGCGCAUGCUCGUCUAACUACAUUGAACCAAUCUGCGGCAUCAACGGCAUCACCUACUUCUCACCAUGCCACGCCGGCUGCACCGGGCUAAACCGAUUCUAUGAAACCGAUAAUGAAAACGAAAGAUCUUUUUGCGCUGGACCCCUGAAGGGAAAAAAACAGAGAAGACGUCCGAAAACAACAUGGCGCCGAACAGUGGAAAUAGAGAUGAAGGAGACAGGCUACAGUUGGGGCACCAUCGAGAGAUUGGCAAGGGGUAGACCGGUGUGGAGGAACUUCAUUGCUGCCUUAAGUGCCAUUAGGCAUGACAGGAAAUGA